AUGGCCUCGAGCAAACAAAUGCUGACGUCAGCCCUCCAUUCCAUGGAGCACACCCAAGGAGUUCACGUAAAGAUUGCCGAUUUAGGCCUCGGAGACGGAGGCCACACGUUUUCCACGGCUGACACCGUAGUUGAGGUGUUAGGGCGGAAGCUGGCCGCGACUAAGGGCGGAACCGCGUUUCUAGUCUUUUUCUCCGACCUGCGCCUCUCUGAUGAGUUCAUCACGCGUUUUCGACAGUUUGAAAACAGAGUUACCGACUCGGGGAAGGAGUAUUACGUCGCUGGCACUUCCCGCUCAGGUAUAUAUUGGCCGCUGUUUCCGAAAGGAGAGCUCGAUGUUGUUGUGACCACGAAUGCCUUACAAUGGCUCUCUCACGUACCGAGAAAGGUGAUGGAGAAAGGAACAAUGACAUGGAAUAAGGGAAGGGUGUGGAUUGAAGGAGCAGAGAAAGAAGUUGUGGAGGCAUACGCGGAGCAGGCAGACAAUGACUUAGUCACGUUCUUGAAAUAUCGGAAAGAAGAUAUGGUAGUAGGAGGAAUGUUGUUUAUGUUAAUGCCUGGUCGACCUUCUGGCUUAGAGAAUCAAGUCACUGAUGACUCUCCUUUCAAGCUCAUUUUCACAACUUUGAUGGAUCAAGCAUGGCAAGAUCUAGUAGAUGAGGGUUCAGUAAAAGAGGAUAUAAGAGAUGCUUUCAACAUUCCGUUGUAUCUUAGAAACACUGAUGAAGUCGCGGCUGCGAUAGAAAGUUGUGGUGGUUUCAAGAUAGAGAAGAUGGAGACAAUCAACAUAGCUGACCCUAUGAAUGCUAGACAGCAGGAGUUUAUGAGAGAUCCGGAUUCUUACGGUCGAGCCAUGGCUAAUUUGGUUCAAUCUGGUCAAAUAAAGCCAAUGUUGGAGGCAUAUCUCGAUCCUGACCUGACCAGCAAGCUUUUCAAACAGUAUGCAAUUCGAGCUGCUAAUAACAAAGAAUUUCUCACGAAGAAUUCUUUCUAUCAUAUGAUCGCUGUUUCAGCGAUUCGAGUUUGA